AGUGAUUCCCACGGUUGUCUUGGAAACCAGUCCAGGAGGCUUGGCAAAGCAGGAGCCCUCCGUGGCAGUACUUGGGCGUCGGGGCUCCGAGGCUCCGGCCUGACCUCUGCACGGGGUCGACAGGAACGUCUCUGGUUGCCAAGAGUCGCUAGGGGCCGACCAGGAUGAAGAAACCCCCGGUGGACUCCAUGGGAAGCACCACGGCAGCCUAGCCUCAGGCCUGCCUAGAUGGUGUUCGGCUCUAACCAUGGAAUACUGGGAAAGUCCCAUUCUAUGAAGGAGGUUUGCUGGCCACAACAGGAAUAUUCAUGAACAUGGAGGGGUUGGGCAUGUUCCAGGAUCUGUCUAUAGACUUCCCUCAGGAGGAAUGGGAGUGCCUGGACACUGCUCAGAAGGACUUAUACAGAGAUGUAAUGAUGGAGAACUAUAGCAGCCUGGUCUCACUAGGUCUCUGUAUCCCAAAGCCUGAUGUGAUUUCCUUACUGGAGCAAGGGAAAGAGCCCUGGAUGGUUUCAAGGGAUGUACCGGGAGGAUGGUGCCCAGAGUCUCACCCUGUAGCCUGGGCUGGAGUGCUGUGGCGUGAUCUCGUCUCACUGCAAGCCAAUAAGAAGCGCUUGGGGAUGACCUCCCUACAAGCACAACAAAACCUUUCCUGCGCAUUUCUGCGCUGGAACGCCUACCCUUAGUGCCAUUUCCUGCACUUUCUUGCAGAUUUGUACCAGGCGCUGGAGACCCUCCCACCUGGUCCAUGCCCACCUCCCGGUGAGCACCGAUACCCAACCUUGUGCACCGCCAGUCUUGUUAUCAACAAACAGGCUAGUAAAUUAUAAAAAAUAAAAUAAAGGAAAUGUAGCUGGG